GAAGCGCAUGCGCGGGGCGGGACCCGCUCUUUUGAAUCCGAGAGGCGGCGUUCGGAUUCCUGAGGCUUUGCGACUGAGGAGUGUGUUAGAGCAUGUGCAAUAAUGUCAUCCCAAAAGAGAGUUAAGGACUCUCAGGCUCAAAAGAGGACUUCCCAAGUUAGUGAUAGUUAUCAGACUAAUCUGGCGGGGGAAGAAAAAGAAGACCUGGAUGACUCAAAGUGCAACUUGAAUGAUGAACAAGACAAUCCACCAGAGGAUUAUGGACAUGCUGAUGAUCAAGGAGAAGAUGCUCUGCAAAUAGCAGUGAGAUACUUUGAGAAGGAUUCCACUAAAACUUCACAGAGUAAAGAUAAAAUCUUGGAAAAGCACUUGAAAACUGUGGAAAAUGUGGCGUGGAAGAAUGGGUUAGCUCCAGAAGAAAUUGAUGUUCUAUUAAAUGUGGCACUCAAUGGCAAAUUUGGGAGUGCUGUAAACACUCGGAUAUUGAAGUGUAUGAUUCCAACAACUCUAAUAGCAGAAGAUUCUGUGGUUAAGGCGGUCUCCUGGCUUUGUGUGGGCAAGUGUUCUGGUAGCACCAAGGUACUUUUUUAUCGUUGGCUGGUUGCGAUGUUUGACUUCAUUGAUCACAAGGAUCAAAUUAACUUGCUCUAUGGCUUCUUUUUUGCUUCAUUGCAAGAUGAUGCACUGUGCCCUUAUGUCUGCCAUUUGUUAUAUUUACUUACCAAAAAAGAGAAUGUUAAACCAUUUCGGGUGAGAAAAUUGCUUGAUCUUCAGGCCAAAAUGGGAAUGCAGCCUCAUCUCCAGGCUUUAUUGUCGUUGUAUAAGUUCUUUGCUCCUACGUUGAUUUCUGUAACUUUGCCUGCAAGGAAGAAGAUCUAUUUUAAGAAUUCAGAGAAUUUGUGGAAAGCAGCUCUAUUUGCUGUGAGGCAAAGGAAUCAGGGACCCCCUCCUGAACCUCUAAAAUUGAUGUUAGGUCCAGGUCAAGUCCGUCCUGUAAAAAGGAAAUGGAAUUCUUACUCAGUUAUACCAGUGCUAAAUUCUAGUAGCUGCAUUAAAGAAUGUGGGAAAAAAGAGAGGACUCUUUCUGAUUAUCUCAGUAGCAAUGAAUCGUUUCCACUAGAACAGCUUAAAAGCUUCCCUCAGCUCUUACAGAACAUCCACUGCUUAGAGCUGCCUUCUCAGAUGGGUGCAGUGUUGAACAACUCUCUGUUACUUCACUAUCUUAACUGUGUCAAAGAUGAGUCUAUCUUACUGAGGCUUUAUCACUGGUUGAGUCAAACAUUACAAGAAGAGUGCAUUUGGUACAAGAUGAAUAAUUAUGAACAUGGAAAACAAUUUACCAACUUCCUGGACACUAUCAUCAGGGCACAGUGCUUCUUACAAGAGGGGUUUUAUUCCUGUGAAACAUUCCUGUACAAGAGCCUUCCUCUCUGGGAUGGCUUCUGUUGUCGAUCACAGUUCCUUCAACUUGUGACCUGGAUUCCUUUUAGUAGCUUCUCUGAGAUGAAACCACUUCUUUUUGACCAUCUAGCACAGCUCUUCUUUACAUCAACCAUUUAUUUCAAGUGUAGUGUUCUCCAGUGUCUGAAAGAACUACUGCAGAAUUGGCUGUUGUGGCUUUCUACAGAUAUUCACAUGAAACCUGUGAUGAACAGUCCUCUAGAGACAACUUUAGGUGGAUCCAUGAACUCUGUGUCUGAACUGAUUCACUACGUGGGGCAGCUGUCCAUUACUGCAGUGCGCUUGGAAAACAACAGUACUUUCUUACUGCACUUUAUUUUGGAUUUCUAUGAGAAGGUGUGUGACAUAUAUAUAAAUUACAACCUUCCAUUAGUGGUGUUGUUUCCUCCGGGGAUCUUCUAUUCUGCUCUCCUUAGCCUAGAUUCCAGUAUCCUGAAUCAGCUAUGUUAUAUCAUGCACAGGUAUCGUAACAAUUUGACAGCUGCCAAGAAAAAUGAGUUGGUACAAAAGACAAAAUCAGAGUUCAAUUUCAGCAGCAAGACCUAUCAAGAAUUUAAUCACUAUUUGACAGCCAUGGUUGGUUGUCUGUGGACAUCCAAACCUUUCCAGAAAGGAUUAUAUAUUGACCCUGAAGUCUUAGAAAAAGCUGGAAUAGCAGAGUAUAAAAACAGUUUAAAUGUAGUUCAUCACCCUGCUCUACUGAGUUAUGCUGUUUCCUUUCUGCUACAGGAAUGGCCAGAAGAAAGGACAGUAAGCGUGAGCUCUAUUCGGGGAAAGAAAUGGAACUGGUAUUUGGACUAUUUAUUUUCAGAGGGGUUACAAGGCUUGAAACUUUUCAUAAGAAGUAGUAUUCAUCAUUCUUCUGUCCCCUGAUCAGAGAGCUUAAACUGCAGCAUCAACAUUAAGUGAAUUUUGACUGAAACGACUGACCAUACCGGACUAAAUUCUUUUCCUUGUUGCUAGAGAGGCCAAGCGGUUCAACUUGAGUUUCCAUUAUCUUUGCAUCAACAGAUUGCCAUCCUCAGGGAGUAUUUGGACUGGCCUUCUCUGCGUGCCCCCAGGAGAGCCUCAGUGUGGCUAACUUUAUUUUUCAGGAUCUAGAUUCUUUAGCCCACUAGUAAAAAAUGACUUCAUCAUCAGGCUCUGCCUUCCACCAAAUUAUAUGUAGAUAUAUCUGUUAUGUGACAGGAUUUUUCACAUUCUUGUGUACUGUAAGUUGCAUUGAUGGAAGAGAGCAGGUAAUAUAUAGUGGCAGUUAAGCCACAGACAUGCUCAUGCAAAAUGCCCUGCCUCUGAAACCUCUGGGGAUAUUGCCAUUUUCCUUAUUGUGAACAACAGUGUCAGCAUCUUCAAGUUAACAGGAUAUAUUUCUAACUCUAACUCAUUGGUAGCUUCCUGGGCCUUCACUAGUAGCAAUUUGAUAAGGAAGUGGAGAGGAUUGUGGGAUAAUCUAAAAUGUUCCUAUUUAGUCCAGUUUGAUUUCAGAAAACUAUACUAUUUUGUGUGUGUAUGUUUAUGUUAUAUGCCCAUUUUUAAGUGGUCAGGUCCAAGUAAACAUACUUUAUUUUCGGGGAUAAUUCUGAAGCUUUAAAAAAAUUUUACAGUAGCUAGAAUAUUUUGCUGAAAAUUCAGCCUCACCACUACCGAGUAACUUCUCUUCUAGUAAAAUUCAUAUCACUUGAGAGAAAUUAAGCUGAUUUUACUUUUGUUUUUAAGGGCACAUUCUUAUGGUUCUUGUUUUUCCUUUAAAGCAAAACAAAACUCUUUAUUAUUAGGUAGUGUUCAGACUAGAAUCCAAUUCAUUUUUUGAUUCAAUACAUAUUUAUCUAGCUUACUGUGUGGCAGAUAUUCUUUUGUGUGCUGGUUGUAUAGCUGUGACCAAUACAAAGUACUGCUUUUGUAGAUUUACUACAUCCCUUUGGAAAAGGCAGACAAUAAAAAUAUAAGCAAAAAUAUAGUAUGAGGUGCUAUAAGGAAGAAGCAAGGAGUAGGGGCAGAAUAUUGAGAGGGUUGCUACUUUAAGGCCUAUUUGAGGAGGUGACCUAUGCAGAAGCCCUAAUGAAAUAAGUGUAUGAGCCAUGUGAAAAUUUGGGGAAAGAGCGUUCUGGGCAGAGGUAAAGGCAAGUUGUAAAAGACUUAAAAAUGGUAACUUAGUUGGCAUGUUUGAGGACUAGCAGAGAGGCCAGUAAGGUUACAAUAUAGUAAUUAAAAGAGAAGAGUGGUAAGAAUGAAAUAGAGAAACCAGAGAGUAGUUCAUGAUGUGUAAUGGAUAGAUAAUAGGGAGCCAUUAGAAGGAUUGAGAGCAGAGUGAUAUAAUUUGAUUUACCUGUAUGGAGCUGUAGUUUGAAGGUUAUACUGAAGAAGAUUAAGGGUUAAAGCAGAGAGACCAGUUAAGUUAUUAGAGUUCUAGGCAAGAGUCUUUGACUAGUGUGGUAGAUGAUGGGAAGGUAGUUGGAGAGUGGAUUUAGGUUCUACUUUAAACUUAGAGAAGAUAGGAUCUGUGUUAGCUUGGAUAUGAAGAGAGGGAAAGAGAGGAGUAAAGGGUAACUCCUAGGUUUCUGACAUCCUGGCAUACUGGAGGAGGAACAGAUUUGGAGGGGUGUGGAUUCAGAAGCUCUGUUUUGGCCAUAUUAGGUUGGAGGUGCUGAGUAGACAGGCGAUAUCCAGGCCUAGAGUUCAGGGUACGUAUUGGGAUUGGCAAAAUUAAUUUGGGCAUCAUUAAUGAAUAGCCAUGACAUCUUAGGAGAUCACUUAGUGCUGAUAGAAAAAAGAAGAUAAAGACAGCAAAGAACUGAGUCCUGUUGUGUAAGCCAACAUUAGGAAGUAGAAGAAAAAAGGAGGAACCAGCUAAAGACUGAGAAAGACCCACCAGUGGCUAGAAGAAAAGUAAGAAGACUGGUUGUGCUGGAAGCCAAGUGAAAAAAGUGUUUUGAACAAGAGAGGGAGUAUUUAUUGGUGUGGAAUGUUGCCUCUAUACCCAGGUAAAAAACUUUUAGCUGCUUUGAAGUAAAUGUGAUAGUGUCCCCGAUAGAUAACCUUUCUCACUUAGAGUUCUCUUUCAUUUUUAAGUUUGCAGUCCAAAUAAUUUUCCAUAUUUUUAUUCAGAACACAAUAUUUUGGUCAUUAAGAUCAAGUGGAACUUUCACUUGUGAGAAGGAUUUGAUUAUUUUUCAUGAAAUUUAAUCCCCAACAAUCUUCCAGUCAUGGAAGAAAUUUCUAAACCUGAGUUUUUGUUCCAGGAAGAAAAUAUUUUUCCCUUAUGCUUGUCUUUUUGUUCAGUAAUCAUUUCCUGGGUUCUUUUCUGUUCAUAUUCUUCUCUUGAUCCAGUUUUUUGACCCACUUAAGAUUAGAUGUGCAAAUAAGCCUAAUCUAGUUAUUUAAGAACUUUUUUGAAGGCUGUUCAUGGCAAAGGAAAAAAAGAUUUAAAUAAGAAAAGCUAUUUUGCUUUAGAGCAAACAUUGCCUAGAAAAGAAAAAGAAAAUUUGAUUUAUUAUCCCAAUUAUACAGAAAGAAUUCUUUCUUUACCUAGUAUUUCUAUAAAAUUGUUAAUGUUAUAAAUAUUGACUUAAUAAUGUUCAAUACUAAGUUGCUGUUAGAUUUAUAACAUUUUGGGGCACCUGGGUGACUCAGUCUGUUAAGCAGCUCCCUUUGGCUUGGGCUGUGAUCUUAAUCAGGGUCCUGGGAUCUAGCCCCAGUUGGGCUCUCAGCUCAAUGGGGAGUCUGCUUCUCACUCUCCGUCUGUACUCUCCCUCUCUCUCAAAUAAAUAAAAUCUUUAAAAAAGGAUUUCUAAUAUUUUAUUUUUCUUUUUAUUAUAACUUCUUCCUCUUGGUCUUAAGGACAAUGUAGAAAGAAAAGUAGACAAGUCUAUGGUGUCUCACAUAAAAUUUCUGUUUGCAGACAUUCUCUCUUUAUAUCAGAUACAUUUUAUAUCACACAAUGGUUUACUAGAAAUAAGAAAAAUUAUUCUCUAAAGUUGGUAUUAUAUUGGGGCACCUGGGUGGCUCAGUCAGUUGCGCAUCUGAC